UCUAAACUUUUAAACUCUUGCAAACCUAAUGAACUAUAUAUAUAACACAGGGGCAUAUUUUCCUUUGGAUAAGACUUAAUGAUGUGGAGUAUUGAGAUUAUCGCUCUGUAAAAUACAUUUUAUCUAGAGAGAACUCAAAUGGCCCUUCGAAAUUCUACUAUAUUGACAGUCUGUGUAAAUAGGUUUACCUCAGGUCAGUCAAAGCAAGUGCUCUCUCAUUUAAUUAGUCUGUGCUAAACCUCUUUGAGGCAUGAAAUCAUCCCAACAGCAAUCCACACAAAUCCCUCCCGCCCCCUUACUCACUACGGUUAAAUUAGCACACACGCCCUUGAUCUCCGAAAACAUGCGGAUCAUCACAUCCAGUCACACCACACGUCUCACUCAUACACACCCUGAAAAACACACAUCUGAAUGUACAGUGCAUUUGUUUAUUUACUGUUUAUGUGCUAGGUAAAUAUUAAUUCUUACACAUCAUCUCAUCUGCACAACACCUUUUUUUUUCGGUAUAAUAAGUCUCACUGACUCACUCUCGUUCAUUUUCUUAGCGACAGUGUGGGAGAUACAAAUGAUUGCUGUAACUAUCCUGAUAUGAAGUUAUUCAAAAUGAGUAUCUAAUUAAAAUAUGCACAAUGUGAUUCUGCCACUACAAAGAUGUCAGUGUCUCAGCUUGGCCUUUUAAAAACGCAUCCAAAAUGUAAUCCACACAGGAAGUACCCCCCGAAACAAUGUCUGUCAUUUGAGAGGAGGGGAUUUAGAGACUUUGGAAACACGUGCACAGACAGUAUCCUACUUUGAGAGGACCACUUCACAGUAUGAGUUCAGAGAGGAAGAGGAGGACGAGGACGAGAGAGCAGGAGAGACACGGAGGUCAGCAUCUUGCCUGCUGAACUUAGUUACGGUGCAGUCAGAGCUGGGAGACUAACAGAGAACAAGGGAAGUUUUCUUACCAGGCUUUGACUUCAUUCAGCUGCAUCACUGAAAUCAUCAGUAUAAAUAAAAUCUUAUUACAAAAAAGAAGAAGAAGACAGAUAAACAAAAGGAUCUCUGAGAAGUAGAACCUCCUGUCUUGUAGCACUGAGGCAUCAUGACGCAGCAGGUCAGCGGCUCACCGUUCCUCAAGCCCUUCUUUCUGAAGACGCCCGUCAGAGUGGUCAGCUCUCUGCGACAACGGCGACACACACUCCCCGCCAGCGAGUUCAGGAACCUCACGCCACAGGACGCCAUCAGUGUGUUUGAGAUUGAGAGAGAAGCAUUUGUGUCUGUGUCUGGAGAGUGUCCACUUACCCUGGAUGAGGUGCUUAACUUCCUGAGUCAGUGCCCUGAGCUUUCUCUGGGUUGGUUUGAAGAGGGACAGCUGGUAGCUUUCAUCAUCGGCUCUGGCUGGGACAAGGAGAGGCUUUCCCAAGAGGCCAUGACUCAGCAUGUCCCAAACACCCCUACCGUGCACAUCCAUGUGCUCUCAGUGCACCGUCACUGCCGCCAGCAAGGCAAGGGCUCCAUCCUCCUGUGGCGCUACCUGCAGUACCUGCGUUGCAUGCCGGGCCUCCGCCGAGCUCUGCUGAUUUGCGAGGACUUCCUGGUGCCUUUCUACCUCAAGGCCGGCUUCAAGGAGAAAGGGCCGUCAGCCAUCUCUGUGUCCAACAUGCAAUUCCAUGAGAUGGAGUACGCUCUCGGAGGGCAGGCGUAUGCGCGGCGGAACAGUGGCUGCUAGUCCCUCAAUCCCUACCCCUCCCUUAUUCCACUUACUCACCACUAAAAUGGACUCAGGGCAGAAAAGAUUAGCAAAACACAGCUGCCAGAGAGCAGCACAGGGCCAGUAUAAACCAGUGGACUGGGUUCAGCAUCCUACUGUCAGCAGCUCACAGCAUCCCUUGACCCACUGAACAAGGAGUGAGGACUGUGUGAGGGGAAAACCAAGAGCGGAUUCACUUCUUCAUGCAGAGAAAUGAACCAGUGGCUUUGCGGAUGAUAAUUGGGCUUAUCAUACAUCAAAUUAUAUUCCUUUUCUUGCCAGUAGCAUAUUGGCUUUUGUGGGCUUAAAACUGUUUUUCAAUUUAUUCAUUAUCUGUCAAAUCAUUCAGACAUCAUGGUUUGUAAUGUAAUCGAGACAAUUAAUAGAAAUUGUCAUAUAAAUGCAUUAAAUCUUGGGUUGUGAUCUUGAGUACUGUUCUAUUUUUGUAAACCAUAUAAAUCCAAAGUUGAUGAAUUCAGCGUCAUUUCUGUAAGAUAAGGAUCCGACACUAAUAAUGCUCGGAUUGUCGAUUAAAAAAUGUCUGUCUCCAUGUUGCUUCAUUUGAAUAAAAGUAAUUGAGAGAAAGUCA